AUGCGGGUAGAAGAGUACAAAGGGAGCCGAGUCGAUUACGCCCACAACCAAGAGAAGAAGGCCAGUAAAAGUAAGAACCACGUUGAAGAAAGCAGGAAGGGUUACAAACCCUCCAAAUAUGUCAGUCGCCCAUUGGGGCGUGACACGUCUGGGCGUCAAUCACACAGUGUCCUGCAAACGGAGUACAAAGAAGAACACAAGAGUAACUCACGGCACCAACAGCCAGCCAGAGAAGUCACCGUAUACUGCAAAUUUCACCGCAAUAAUGAACAUAGUACUGAAGAAUGCAGACACCUCAAAGAUGAGAUUGAUGAGCUUAUCAAGGGCGGGGCUCAUAGGCGGGCGAGUGACGGUGCCCGUGCUGUCGGUUCUGGCAGGCGAUACCGCGAGCGUAGCAACUCACCAGAAAGAAUAAGAACUAACCAAUCUGGUUAUCGGCCUCGCCAUGAACUUGCCCGCAGAGAUGACUCUCCAAGAGACCGCAGAGCACAAGCUAGCCCAAGCAAUAGACGAAGACGGGAGGAAGAUGAAGAAGACUCAACUAUCAUCAAGCACGGAGUCAUAAACAUAAUCUCUGGCGGAUUGAGUGGAGGUGGUGAAACAGCUAACGCCAGGAAGAAACACUUGAAACAAUGUUUGGCGAUAGCUGGCAAAGUCAUCAGCAAAGCGAAAGUUGAUUCGGGUCCAACCAAGCCUAAAAUCGUGUGGGAAUACAACGAUUUGGGCGACGUUCUUCUCGGACAUGAUGACCCCCUCGUUAUCCAAGCAAUAAUAGCCAAUUUUGGCGUCAAUCGCGUGUUUGUUGAUCACGGCAGUUCUGCUGACAUUUUGCUUAUACCAUGUUUCAGGGCGUUGGGGUUUACAGCCAAUGACUUCACCCCAGUCGCAGGUGAACCCUCAGGUUUCAACGCAACAGUUACCAAGCCGCUUGGAAUGAUAAACCUGCAUUUAUCCAUGGGAACGCCACCCACUUCAAGGUCGGCCGACAUCCAAUUCCUGGUGCUUGACACCCUAUCAACAUACAAUGCAAUCCUUGGCAGAAGGAUGUUCGCCGCCUUUGAGGCGAGUGUGUCCCACCACACUUGGCGAUGA